ACCUGGCAGCUACCGAGCUCAUUGAAGAAAUUCUAAGAAAUGCUGAAAGACUUUAUGUUCCGGCGGAAAAGAAAUGUAAAGUGAGAAUCCAAGAUGUGGUGAAACAAGAAAGUGACGAUGAUGGUUUGAUAAGGAUUAAUAGUAAAAUAAUUCGUCCAAGACAUAUCACGCUGUCCAAGUCUGAAGAACUUUAUGAAGCACAUACCAGACUAAACAACAACCAAAGUUUGGAUCUGCUAGUAGAAACAGAGAAAAAACACACCAAGUCAGAGAGUGACCAGAAUGGAAAAUUGGUGAAUCUACCCCAAGUAAGUCCAAAUGAUGACCUAGCAGCCUUACCUGAACUCACAGAAAAAAUCAUUUUACAAGAAUUAAUGAAGAGAUAUAAAGUUGACCAAGUUUAUACGUAUGUUGGUGAUAUUUUAAUAGCGGUAAACCCAUUCAAGGAGCUGCCGAUAUAUUCAUCCGAUGCUUCGUUGAUGUACAAGAACAUACAAGACCGCAAGUCAAAGUGUCCACACAUAUUCGCUGUAGCUGAUUGGUCGUACCAGUCCCUGCUUCGUACUGGUCAACCGCAGUGUUGCGUCAUCAGUGGAGAAAGCGGUGCCGGAAAGACCGAGUCCUGCAAGUAUCUUAUUCAGCAUUUACUCACCCGAGCAAAAAGUCAAGAAAAUCUUCUUAGUUCAAAAAUUCAGCAGAUCAAUCCUUUAUUGGAAGCAUUUGGUAAUGCACAGACGGUGAUGAAUGAUAAUUCUAGCAGAUUUGGUAAAUUUUUAGAAUUGUUGUUCAACUUUGAUGGACAUGUACAAGGAGCCCAAAUUCAUGAAUAUCUAUUGGAGAAAUCUAGAGUUGUUUAUCAAAGUAAUGGAGAAAGCAAUUUUCAUAUUUUCUAUCUGAUGUUUGCUGGACUAUCACCUGACGAGUACAAGAAAUUUGGCAUUGAAUCACCACGGAAACAUCGGUAUCUAUCUGGAAGUAGUGAGAAGUUUAAAUCUUUGAUGACGCAGGAAAACCGAGAAAGAUUUGGAGAGAUUAGAGAUUGCCUUGAAGCUAUAGGGUUCUCUAAAGAUGAUGAAGACAACCUGAUGACCACGCUAUCGGCGAUUCUGCAUCUUGGCGAUCUGAAAUUCAAACCUUGCGGCACCACGGAUGCUGCAGUGUUAGUCAAUUUAGAUAUCUUAGAUAAAGUGGCCGAUAUGUUACAAGUGCCUUCAGAGGAAUUAGGGUCAGCGUUGGUUGCCGAAUUUAAUGUCACAAGAGGUGAAACAAUUCGUCGGGACCGAAAUGUUAUCCAAGCCAAUGACUGUCGAGAUGCAUUAGCGAAAGCCUUAUAUGGUCGUUUAUUUGGUUGGAUUGUAAAUAACAUUAAUCAGAUGUUACAACCGUUAGAAGAGAGUGGUCCCUCAUUACCUAUCGGUGUUCUCGAUAUAUUUGGAUUUGAGAAUUUUUCCAAGAAUAGUUUUGAACAGAUCUGUAUAAAUCUUGCCAAUGAACAACUACAGUAUUAUUUUAACCAGCAUAUAUUUCAGUGGGAACAAGAAGAAUGUGCCAAGGAAGGCAUCCAAUUAGAAAGAAUCAAUUAUACAAGCAAUAAACACAUUGUGGAACUGUUUCUUCAGCGACACAGUGGUAUCUUAGCAAUAUUGGAUGAGGAAAGCCACUUUCCCAAGGCAACAGAUGAGUCCCUGGCAACCAAACUGCAUACUGGUCCCGGAAAAUCAUCCAAAAAGGUUUACAUGGCACCUAAGGAUGGUGGUGUCACUUUCAGUAUUAUGCAUUAUGCCGGAAAGGUUUCCUAUGACUUGAAGGGCGUUCUUGACAAAAACCGAGAUACUCUACCAAACUCUAUACAGUUCACCAUGAAAACUAGUAGCAGCCUUCUAAUUCGUGAAAUGUUCCAAUCGCGUCUUACGAGAACCGGCUCUUUAGCACCAAGUGCCAGGCAGCGUCAGUCGAGGAGAUCAUCAAGUGAGAAAGAGAGCAACGUCUCACCAUUUGACUUCUUCAGAAAGAAGCGAACUACGCAGAAUGAUACGCAACGAGUGAAAGAAAAUCUACAUGCAAACAGAAGCGACCGACCAGUUAUAGGAACCGACAGGAAAGGUCCCUCUACUGUUGCAUUUCAUUUCAAGAACUCGCUAGCUGAUCUGAUGCAUAAGAUGACCAACUCCAGUCCCCAUUUCAUUCGAUGCAUAAAACCAGGCAUUGGCAAAUUGCCAAACUCAUUCACGCCGGAUUAUGUUAUAGCACAGUUACGAUACACUGGUGUCUUGGAGACAACGAAGAUACGAAGACAGGGAUACCCUCUAAGAAUCACAUUUGAAGAAUUUCUAAAAAGACAUGCUGUGUUGAAAGUAAGCUGCAUACCAUGGAACAGAGAAAUGUCUGAUCUAGACAGGUGUAUUCUCAUGCUGAAAUAUUGUAAAUUAAAAGACUGGCAGGUGGGAACUAGCAAGUUGUUUCUCAGAUACUGGCAUGUCGAGAAGCUUAACCAAAUGUGCAUUAUGGCAGAAAGGAAGAUAAAUAUAUGCCAAACAGUGGUAAGAGGAUUCCUCGGAAGAAGACAAUUCCAUCGCCAUCGUUCUCUCCAUAGACGUCAACAAGCCUUCAUCAGCAAGUUCCUGGCUGAGAUAGAGCACAAGCCGAAAGUGAUGAGCAUCACUCUGGGUUAUCUACAUGAACACGAUAUGGUGAGAAGACUAGAAAAAGAAAUCAGACAAGUGGCAGAAGAUGAGGAAGAAAAUAUAAGGAGGGCAUCUUUGAAUAUGGAAAACCAAUCGGUGACAUCAUUUCGGCAUGAUGGCGACUCGCUGACCUCUCACGUGUAUGCAACAAGUAUUUCAAAGUCUUCCACUGUCAACCAAACUACCAAACAGCGAGAAGUUUAUGUGACAAGCAUUCCAGCCUCUUCCACUCAGAACAAAGCUGGGGCUGUUUAUGAUACAGUGUAUGAUGCAGAAGAAGAGAGAGAAGAACCACAAAAUGUAACUCACCAGACAACUGAACACAGUGUUCAACAGUUGCUGGAGAUAUCGUCAUCAACAGUUACCCGUGAGGUGAGUUAUAAAAACGUACCCCGGCCUCCUCCUCCACAGAUACACUCAGAAGAACAUUCCGUUCAAUUGGACCUCGCUCCCCCUACCCCCGUGUCAGAGGAGGAGGUUGGAGCUUACCAGAAUAUAUCAGCAACUCGUAAGAAAUUCAUGAAUGAGCAAGUGCAAGAACAGCGAAAGUCACUGACCCCCGAGAUUGAAUACUCAGUCCCGCCUUCAGAGCUGAGAAAAAGAUUUGAGAGCAAAUCUGAGAAUGAUAAAACUGUGAACAGAACUUCAUAUCAGCCAGACAUUCAACAUGGGGUGUCACCAGCUGAUGUAAGAGCCAAAUUUGACAGCAAGGAGGUGACGCUACGUGAAGCUACACGACCAGAACCGCCAAAGAGGGAUCCAAAAACCAGACUCAGUUCCACCCUGGACGAUGUUGUCAUAGCAACCAAACAUGCAUCACAGAUGAAGAAUUAUGCAGAUCCAUCUCAGUUGCCAGCAGCUGAUUACGACUACCCUCCCCCUGACUACCCCUCUUCUUCUUCUCAAUGGAAAUUUGUCCAGCACCCUUCAAUGCUUAAAGCUGUCAAUAUCAAACGAAUCCCUGCUCCUAUGGAUGGUGAUAUUUACGCCAGUAUUCCUGAUAGGUUAUAUUCAUCGGAUAUUCCUUCUCCCCCUCCCUGUGCACCUCCUCCCCCUCCAUGUCCACCUUCUCCUGUACCUAAAGAUGGCAACAUUUUUAUCCAGAUUCCUGGUGCUCUUUCAAACUCUCCUGAUGUUCCACUCACAUCAGCAGACUCUAUACCGCCACCGCCAUCACAAUCAAUACCACUACCCCCUCCUCUGCCUCCGCCAAAUCUGCCACCAGGGCAGGGCCCACCACCUUACAGUGGCUAUCCAAAGAUGCAAGCUGAUGCUGUUCCUCCUGCCUCUGUAUCAUCAUUGAAUGCAGCACCUACGAUGCCAGGUGGUUUAUUAGCUGGACUGUCUCUGGUUACGUUGAAGAAAGCUGACAAACCUGUUGGAUCCAAACUGUUACCGGGAGAUGAUAUCAAAAAUGCCCUAAUGAGGGAAAUCAUGCAGGGUGUGAGAUUACGCCGUAGUCAAGGACCGAGAUUCGAUGAAAUUCACGGCCCAGAGCUGUGCAGCAGCAGCAGUGAUGGAGACACCGAUACAUCUAGUAUGGGGAAAACUGAUGAUGAAACAUCUGACACAUCGGACUAUGUCAGUGGAUUCACACUGACAACGCCGGAAGUUACCCCAACAUCAACAGUGAAAAGAUAUCCACCAGUUGUACCCAAAAAACCAAAAUCUUCUACCAGUCCUGCUUUUUCAACGGCAAGCCAAUCGUCAACGCCAUAUUCCACGUUGAGUACAUCGUCAUCUGCUACACAGUCUACAGUGCCAAGUGUGACAUCAUCAGCAUCAUCAACUCUUUCUAAACCAUUUGAAAUAAGCGACAACAUACCAGCCUGGAAGAAGGCAUUAUUUAAACGUAGAAACGAAGAAUCUGAGCAACAAUUACAAGCUGAACUUCGCAAAAAGGAAAUGGAGGAUUCCAAAUGGGAAGGUGUUCCCGAAUGGAAAAAAAGCCUGUUGAUUGAGAAAGAGAGGAAGCAAAAAAUGUUGAACGCUCCGCUCGAAGCAGAGCGACAAAGACAAGCCGAGGAAGUGGCCAAGUUACAAUCCAUGCCAACGUGGAAGAGAAAAAUCAUCAUUAAAAAAAUGAUGUGA